UAUGUAUAUCUUCUGCCACCGGUGGAAGCUCCCCGCUUGCCACCGCCGGCCAGUGUUGCCAUCCUCGUCCAUUUCCUUUAGCAGCAUGAUAGAACGGAGGCGUUUUGCGGUCUCUUCUGCCACCGUCUUGCUAAUUUAAAUUAUGUCAAAACUACACAAAACAGCGGCAGGCCCCAAGUUCCCCGAUUUCUCCUCUGCAAAAAACCCUCUGAAACCCCACAUAGCUCCUCCGCCACUACCGGCAGUGGCGGAGGUGGACAUCACCUCCAUAACCAACCUCGUUCUCAAGACAAACCCAGAAAUUUUAACUCAACAGCUACCCACCCAUGUGCAAUGGACCACUGAGCUUGUCCACACGAUUCUCAAACGCCUAUGGAACCAUGGCCCGAAAGCUCUCCAGUUCUUCAAAGUCCUCGACUCCCAUCUCUCUUACACCCACUCCGCCACCGCAUUCGACUACGCCAUCGACAUUGCUGCCAGAAUGCGGGAUUACAAGACCCUAUGGGCCCUUGUGGCUCAAAUGCGGGCCAGAAAGCUCGGUCCCGGCCCGAAAACCUUCGCCAUCAUCCUCGAAAGGUAUGUGGCUUCUGGCAAAGCUGAUAAGGCGGUUGACGUUUUCUUGUCAAUGCAUAAACAUGGUUGUCCUCAGGAUUUGACUUCGUUCAAUUCUUUUCUUGAUGUGCUCUGUAAGGCGAAGCAUGCUGAAAUAGCCUAUAAUCUGUUUAAGGUGUUUAGGAGGAAGUUUAGAGUUGAUAUGAUUAGUUAUAGCAUUCUCGCUAAUGGGUAUUGUAUAAUGAAGCGAACGCCAAAGGCAUUGGAAAUUUUGAAGGAAAUGGUGGAGAGAGGAUUGGAGCCAAAUGUGAUGACUUAUAAUAUAAUUCUUAAAGGUUUCUUUAGAGCAGGGCAAACGAGGGAAGCUUGGGAGUUUUUCUUGCAAAUGAAGAGGAGAAAAUGUGAGAUUGAUGUGGUGACUUAUACUACUAUGGUUCACGGUUUUGGUGUUGCAGGCGAGGUUGAGAGGUCCCGUAAGCUGUUUGAUGAGAUGGUUGGAGCUGGAGUGCUUCCCUCAGUAGCAACUUACAAUGCUCUGAUUCAAGUUUUAUGUAAGAAAGACAAUGUGGAAAAUGCAAUUUUGGUGUUUGAUGAGAUGUUGCGGAAGGGCUAUUUACCUAAUGUCACUACUUAUAAUGUGCUCAUUAGAGGUUUGUGUCAUGUCGGUAAAAUGGACAGGGCAGUUGAGUAUAUGGACAAGAUGAAAGAAGAUGAGUGUGAGCCUAAUGUUCAGACAUACAAUCUUGGAAUUCGAUAUUAUUGUGAUGAUGGAGAAUUUGAGAAGGCCUUCGAAUUGUUUGAGAAAAUGGGUAGCGGGCAUUGCUUACCUAACUUAGAUACUUAUAACAUCUUGAUCAGUGCAAUGUUUGUCAGAAAGAAAUCAGAUGAUUUGGUGAUGGCAGGAAAGUUGUUGAUAGAAAUGAUUGACAGAGGAUUUCUGCCUCGAAGGUUUACUUUCAACCGCAUUCUGAAUGGGCUUUUGCUUACGGGUAAUCAAGAAUUUGCUAGAGAGAUUUUGCGACUGCAAAGCAGAUCUGGCCGGCUUCCUCAUCAUUUCAGACUAUGAUUGUGUUGCAUUACCUCAGGCAAAACUGAGAAUAGGAGAGGAAGUAUUCAGUAAAUGAUGGAAUUGUGCCAGCGAAAGGAAAGGCAAGGUGGAACUUUUGCAAACCUUUUGAUGAUUGUUUCUGUUUUAGCUUUUAGCUGAAGAGUUGAAGAUGGAAGUGAAACUAUGGCUUUCCAGAUUGCCACCAUAUUGCUCAGCUUUGCUUAGGAUACUGGUAUCUUUAUCCCAGGCCUAUGCUACUAGCAUCUGAUCCUAUUUCACUGUGGUUUGUAUAAUGUAUCAAAAUAGGGGUGCUUGCCAUUCUAUUUCUUGAUCACUUGAUUGUUAUUCUUGGAACAAAUUCUGUUUUUAUUUGCCCAUUUCAACACCAGUAUAUUUCCCUUGUACAAGUUCUAAGAGAUGUGAUUCUCAUUAUGGACAUCUGAGAUCAAUAAAACCUAUGAAAAGGUCUUCGUCCCUUGGGUCACUUCUUGAUAAGUCCUUAUUUGUUUCUCCAUUUCUUUAAGGAUGCAUUUUGUAGUUCAUUCUAGUUUAUUAUUUAAUUGGUGAUCAUCUCUCAAGAUUUGAAGAAUUGAGAAUUUAUGCCCCAAUUGAUCAAAGUCCCUCUGAUGUUUUGCAUUACUAUUUCUCAGAGGCUGUUUUAAGUGUGAUGCUUCAAGUAUCUUGCGCUCAAGAAAGUUGAUUUCAGUACCUGGUGGAUUGCAAAGUCAAUUGCAAGAGAGAAUAUACAGCAAGUGAUAAGAACGAUAUUGUCCGGUGAUUCAUGCAGGGGCCUGGUGCAGUUGUUGAAGGAGAUGCUACGAGAUCCCCUCUGGUGUCUGAAACCUGCUGGGCAUAAUUCAAGUUGAAUUGGGCUGCUGGAUUUUGCUUCAGGGGUUGUAGUGAUCUACAUUUAGUGGUCAAAUGCAUACUAUUUCUUUGAAUCCGACUGUUAAUAUCUAGGGAUCAUCCUGCAUUCUUAAACUGCAUACUCCUGUAUUUCUCAUAACUGAACCACAGAUGAAGGGUGUACUGGAGAUCGUCAACAUGAUCCUAUGGUAAGUGAAACCGUGAACAACAUAGUGCAGAUAUCCUAUCCUACAUGUAGGACCUUCAAGGUAGCUAGUGAGGAUCUCAAUGUGAAGCUAGUAAUGAAUGUGAAACAUUUUCCGAGUCAUUGAAGAGUAAUACAGGACAUGAGCUUAUCCA